AUGGAUUAAACAAAUCAUGAAAUGCUUGAAUUAAAAAUGGUAUUUCUCACUUGUAUGAAAAAUAGUAAUUAUUAGGAGGCACAUCUAAUAAUUCAAAAAUUUGAAAGUAAUUAUCAUGAAUAAGUUUUGAAGAUUGAUCCCUACAAUCCCUAAUUUGGGAAAUACAAUAGGUUUUAGACUGAAUUCAAGACUAUCCUGGAGAAAAAAAAAAAGAAUUGA